AUGUCUUUCAAUUCAUCUGACACCCCUUCUUCGCUAUAUUCACUGGUAGAUGAACACGCUGGUGGUUUGCUUGCUCCAUGGAUCAAAUAUUCGCGCUCAUCUGGCGAUUAUAGUAUCCUGGAGGAGUACCUCGACACUGCAGUCAAGUCUUAUCUGUACAAUGGAGGAAAGGGAAAGCUUGUCUCAAUUUCUGAGCUAGUAAAAAGAAGAAACAAGCAGAGAAAUGCACAGCUUGGUGCGUUACGGAGAAAGAAGGGCAGAGGCAAAAGUGGACCUAACAUACUGGAUGACAUCAAUCAGGACAUCUUGGAUGCUGGAGAUUUUCUCAAAGCCUUGAAAAUUCUUGACGGUGCGAGUAUGCGAGGCAUGAGAGCAUUCAAAUACAGGGAACUUGUGUGGGAUAUCGAACAGCGAGGCAAGAUGGGUGAGAACCUACUGCAUAUCUGUGUACUGCAUAACACUGCUGAUAUGAACGAUCUCGCGAAGCAAAUCGUGAUCCGUUUUCCAAAGAUCAUCAAUGACAUUUUCAUCUCCGAGGAUUACUAUGGACUUUCUCCUCUCCAUCAAGCAAUAGUGAAUGAAGAUGUUGAAAUGGUUUACUUCUUAUGCAAGAAAGGGGCCGAUGUGCAUCAGCGCUGCUAUGGUUCCUUCUUUUGCGCUGAUGAUCAGAAAGCAUCUCGAACGGAUUCAUUGGAGCAUGAAUGGGUGGAUCUUGUGGAGAAUACGAGAUACACUGGUCAGAUGUACUGGGGUGAGCUGCCGCUUUCAUUUGCUGCUUGCACUAACAAUCAGGACUGCUUCCGACUGCUCAGAGCUUUCAAAGCCGAUCCCAACAUGACAGACACUAAUGGAAAUGCUGUAGUACAUAUGACCGUCAUACAUGAUCUACCUGAAAUGUUCAGCUUGGCAUAUAGCAGCGGAGCAUCGCUGAGCUUGCGGAAUAAUUUGGAGCUGACUCCUUUGGCACUAGCAGCACGUUUGGCUAACAAAAGGAUGUUCUCUCUGAUUCUUGAAAGUGAAAUGGAUAUUGUCUGGAGAUAUGGAGAUAUUGUCUGCAAAGCAUAUCCACUGCUGGAGAUUGACACCAUCAGGGAAGAAGAUGGAGGACUGAAUCCAAAUUCUGUUCUUGCCAAUGUUGUCUAUGGGGGUAAAAGCAGCCAUCUCGAAUUUUUCGAUGGACUGUUGGAGGAAUUGCUUGAGAGGAAGUGGGAGACAUUCGCAAAACGGAGGCUUUUCCAAUCGCUCUUCGGUUAUCUAUUUUUUCUGCUCGUAUUCUAUAUAGCAUUCAUGACCCGCGAUGUAUACGAAUCGUAUCUGCCGGACAAUGAAAUCGCAUCCGCAAACAGCUCCAACCAUGUUAUCGUGACAGUGCAACAUUUGUCGUAUCUCGACAGUGGACGCUACGAAAUGUUACAAGGACAGUGCCAUCUCUGGAAGUACUCAGGCAGCUGGAAACGACUGGUGCGUUUCUUCUGCGAAAUGCUUACGUUACUGUCAGUCGUAAUCAGAACAUCAAAGGACAUAGUCGACAUGCAACAAAUAGGAUUGAGACGAUGGUGGAUUGCCAUUAGCGCUUUUCCCGAGAAAGUACUGCACAAAGCUUCGCAAGUGGUUCUGCUGAUGAUUGUACCAAUUCGUACCGCCUGCUUUAUACAUCCAGUUAUGCUUCUGCUCGACAAUGUAAUGACCAUAGCCGUGGUUCUAAUGACCACAAUGCACUUCUUAUUUUAUUGCAGGGGAAUGAAAUUUGUUGGUCCAUUCGUUUUGAUGGUUUACAAAAUCAUCAUCGGCGACAUGUUACGUUUUCUGCUGAUCUAUUCAGUUUUCGUACUGGGAUUCGCGCAAGGGACUUUCUAUGUAAUUUUUCAUUCAUGCGAAAUGGCAGAAACAGACUACAGAAAGAAAAAUGGACUAAGCAAAGAUGAUGACUAUAAAGGAAAAUUCGAGAAUAUCAUGUACCCACCGAAUGAAGCUCUAAUGCGCAUGAUCAUCAUGAGUGUAGGAGAAUUUGGUGCAGUAUACAAGAAUCUUAAUGAUUGUAAGAGUCGUGUUGCUCUUCAGGGAAAGAUUUUAUUCACUGUCUAUGAGCUACUGGUCACUCUGAUGCUUCUGAAUCUGCUAAUUGCGAUGAUGACGAGAACGUAUGAGAAAAUAGCUGAGACUGAGAAAGAAUGGAAACGGCAGUGGGCCAAAGUGAUCUUGAUGCUGGAGCAAUCGCUAACGAAUGCUGAGCGACUCAUGGCAAUGUACAGCUAUUCCCGACCGCUUGGAAGCGACAAAGCUCGACGUGCUUUUGUUGUUCGGCUCAAGUCUGAUCACAAGUUGGUGAUCCCCGAGAAGAUCGAGUAUAUCCGAGAGAAACCCAUAAUACGCCUAUCGCAGAGUCAUUUGCAUGUGGUCGGCCCGCUUCCACGUUUGUCACAUCCGCGCAUGUCACAGUGAUCUCAAGCAGUGCUUGGCAAUGUACAAAACUUUCGGAAACUAC